AUGCGGUGGGGAACCGACGAGAACAACCGCGCCAUACCGAAUGUGUCCGCGCAUGGCAUUCUACAAUUCUUGACAAUGUACCGGAAGCACCGAGAGAAGACUGAUUUCCCUUUUCUCUGGGGUGAAGAGGUUGAGCACCAUCUGGUGCGUGUGGAGGGAGGAAAGGUGAGACUGUCAUUAAAUGCAUCGAAUGCCCUUGAGCGCCUGACGCAAAUGAACGGGGACGAAAAUGCAGGCUGGCGACCAGAGUAUGGAAGCUUCAUGAUGGAGAGCGUCCCUGGCAGACCAUACACUCUUGAUGUGGAGUCUUUGUGCUCCGUGGAGGCGAACAUACGGCAUCGGUACGAGCUCUUGGACAGCGUCGCUGGUGAGAAUUCAGUUUCUGUCACGUUGGUGACUUUUCCUUUAAUGGGUGUGGGUCAGUUUGCCACUUCGGACAGCACGGAGUCACCUCACUCCCAGUCACUGUUCGUGCCGGAUGUGUGCAUCAACGCCACCCACCCUCGUUUUGCGAAUCUCACAGAGAAUAUUCGACUCCGACGUGGGCGAAAGGUUUGCAUUCAAGUCCCCAUAUAUAUUGAUAAACAAACCAUGGAGAAUACAGUAGACCACCGCCUGAACAUUGAUCGCACUAUUCAGAACUCAAACAUUGUCUGUGGUGUGACGGAUGCGAAAGAACCCAAGGGCCAAAAGUUCGGAUCUGGUAGUCUGUCGAAUCUAAAACAAGCCCAACAGAGUUAUCCGGCGGCUGAGGCGAUGACACACCUCUAUACCCCCGCCACGUACUAUUACUACGCGCAGUAUUUCAAGAAGACACAGAUUGAGCUUGUGAAGCAGCGCUAUGAAGCGUGUCCCUGCCCUAUCCCUUCUGUUAGCCACCCGUGUAUUUACAUGGAUUGUAUGGCCUUCGGUAUGGGCUGCAACUGUCUGCAGGUAACUAUGCAACUCUCUAAUGAGACAGAGGCACGUCACAUCUACGAUCAGUUGGGGAUUUUAUGUCCAUUGUUUCUCGCACUGAGCUCUGCAACACCUUUUCAGAAGGGUAUUCUGUGCGACUCGGAUGUUCGCUGGCUGACUAUUGCCGCUUCCGUUGAUGAUCGCAAACGUGAAGAGGUGCCGCGCAUCAUAAAGUCACGCUAUGACUCAAUCUCUGUUUUCGUCAGUCCCCUAACCCCAAACUUGGAAGAUUUUAAUGAUGAGGAGUAUACAAUCAAUGACGUGUACUAUGAUACUCUGAAGGAGGAGGGUGUGGAUGCUCGACUGGCGAAACAUGUCGCUCAUUUGUUUAUUCGUGAUCCUCUUGUGAUGUACGAUCAGAUGAUUGACAUCGACGACACUGCACACACGGAGCACUUUGAAAAUAUUCAGAGCACUAACUGGCAGUCCGUGCGGUUGAAGCCUCCGUCAAUCAACGGCGAUCUUGGUUGGCGCGUAGAGUUCCGUGUGAUGGAUGUUAUGCCAACACCGUUUGAGAACGCAGCCUUUUCGGUGUUUGUCAUUAUGCUCACCCGUGCCAUCAUUAAAUAUAAACCGACGUUCUACACCAAAUUGAGCAUCGUUGACGAAAACAUGGGUCACGCCCACAAUCGCAAUCCUUGUGAUCAAAAAUACGUCAUGCGAAGAAAUAUAUUUGCCACCACGGUAUCAACUGACAGCCGUGAGAAUGGCGAGUUUACUGUCAAUGAAGUGUUUAAUGGAAAGAAAGGAGAAUAUUACGGCCUUAUUCCUCUUGUGCGUCGUUACAUGGCCGAGGAAAACAUACACAGUGCCAUGCUUGAGGGAUACUUGCGCUUCCUCUCAAUGCGUGCCUCUGGAGAGAUACCAACAGCGGCGCAGUACCUGAGAGAAUUCGUCUUGCAUCAUCCUGACUACAAGCAGGACUCACGGAUUACCGAACUGAUUGCACAUGAUAUCGUGAUGCACGUUCAUAAACUUGCACGUGAGGAGAUCAGAGAUGACGGGUUUCUUCCAAUGAACCUGUUUAGACCCAAGAGACCACGAGGGCCAUCUGAAGAGAAAGAGGAAAGAAAUCUGGACGACGGAAAAAAAGUACGAAUCUGUCGGUGA